CUGCUGCAAUGGCGGAGUGGAGGAGUUGAUCGACUUUACCUCCGCUGAUUUUUCACUCCUUUUCUAGAGGAAAUCUCAUGCUGAGAAUAAGGACCUGGAAAACAGAGGCUCUGGAUUCGUCUGUGCGCUUUUUUGGCUGCUCCAGCUGGUUGAAGAGCUACGCACAGCAGCCUAUGCAAGACUCGAACGCACACAUCUGUAUGGGAGAGCGAAGCACCACCCUUCUCUCGCCCUGCUGAGCUGAGCCCUGCUGGGGAAGGGACCCCUCAUUCCUCGCCGUUGGCCCCUUUGGCUGGUCUGGAUCUCCAGCUGCGGUCUAAGCGAGAAUGGCUGAGCGCAGCUCUACCGGCUUGAUGAUGAUGAUGAUGGUGGAGCCUUCGCCCGCCUUGGCUUUGACACUGCCGGCUGAGGUGCGGGAGAAGCUGGCUGAGCUGGAGCUGGAGCUUUCUGAAGGGGACAUCACGCAGAAAGGCUAUGAGAAGAAAAGAGGAAAGCUGCUAGCGCCGUAUAUCCCACAGAUACAAGGUGUGGAUCCAUCCCUACAGGUAGAUCACCGGAUCCAGGCGACCUCCCAGGCUGCCCCGCCCACCUCCAAACACAACAAACCCCGGGCAGCUAACUCACGGGAUGAGCGCUUCAGAUCAGACCUGCAUACAGAAGCAGUCCAGGCAGCCUUGGCAAAGUACAAAGAGAGGAAGAUGCCAAUGCCCUCAAAGAGACGGUCUGUUCUAGUGCAGUCUUCAGUGGAGGCAUGCACACCCCCAGACACCUCCUCUGCGUCGGAGGAUGAGGGAUCGCUACGGCGACAGGGACGGAUGGCCACAUCAUCUCCAUACCAGCCGCACCCCACAGUGGAACACUGGUUUAACCGGGUCAUCCAGGGCUCCUCCACUUCCUCCUCUGCUUCUUCCACGUCCUCCCAUCCUGGGGGGCGGAGCCACAGCGCCAACGCAACCUCCGGCUCUGCUGCUACCGUUCUGGCUGACCUCAUGGCUCACACACAGCUCGAUAACCACUGUGCUCCCCCGGAUGUGACGGGUCUGUCUGAGCGCUCGCUGCAUGCAGAGCGUCCACAGGUAGCGUCGGUCAGAGGACUCCCUCGCGGAUACACACACACCAGCAGCACCAUGGAAACGGCUGACGGUGUCCCCGUGAACAGUCGUGUCUCGUCUAAAAUCCAGCAGCUCUUGAACACGCUGAAGAGACCAAAGCGCCCCCCGCUGCGCGAGUUCUUCGUGGAUGAUUUCGAGGAGCUCCUGGAUGUCCAGCAGCCGGACCCUAAUCAACCCAAGCCCGAGGGGGUCCAGAUGAGCCCCCUUCAUGGCGACCCGUUGGGGGUGGUGACAAACUGGCCUCCAUCGUUGCUGGCCUCGUUGCAGCGGUGGGGAACUGCACAGCCCAAAAGCCCCUGCCUGACCGCACUGGACAACGCCGGCAAACCCGUCUACACACUCACAUAUGGGAAGCUGUGGACCCGCAGUCAGAAGCUGGCCUACACGCUGCUCAACAAACUCAGCUCCAGGAAUGAACCUCUGCUGCGACCUGGAGACAGAGUCGCUCUCGUGUUCCCCAAUAACGACCCUGUGAUGUUUAUGGUGGCGUUUUACGGCUGUCUCCUGGCAGAGCUGGUGCCCGUGCCCAUAGAGGUGCCCCUCACACGAAAGGACGCUGGGAGUCAGCAGAUCGGGUUUUUGCUGGGCAGCUGUGGGGUCACUCUGGCUUUGACCACAGACGCGUGUCAGAAAGGACUGCCUAAAGCUCAGACCGGAGAAGUGGCCACGUUUAAAGGCUGGCCGCGGUUGCUGUGGUUUGUUACUGAUGGGAAGCAUGUGGUUAAACCUCCUAAAGACUGGAGUCCUCCGAUCAGAGACGCCAGCAAUGAGACGGCUUAUAUAGAGUAUAAGACCAGUAAGGAGGGCAGCACUAUGGGCAUCACCGUCUCUCACGCUGCCAUGUUGGCUCACUGCCACGCACUCACACAGGCGUGUGGAUACACCGAGGGUGAGACCAUCACCAAUGUUCUGGACUUUAAGCGGGAUGCAGGUCUUUGGCACGGCGUUCUCACAAGUGUGAUGAACCGGAUGCAUGUGAUCAGCAUCCCGUACUCACUGAUGAAGGUCAACCCGCUGUCCUGGAUACAGAAGGUUCACAGCUACAAAGCCCGCGUUGCUGUGGUGAAGUCCAGAGACAUGCACUGGUCUCUACUGUCUCAGAAAGAUCAGAGGGACAUCAGCCUCAGCUCAUUACGCAUGCUGAUAGUGGCUGAUGGAGCCAAUCCCUGGUCGAUCUCCUCCUGCGAUGCCUUCCUGAAUGUGUUUCAGGCGCGAGGUUUGAGGCCAGAAGUCAUCUGCCCCUGUGCCAGUUCAGCCGAGGCCCUGACCGUCGCCAUCCGCAGGCCUCCAGAGAUGGGUGUUCCUCCUCCGGGUAAAGCAGUGCUGUCCAUGAGCAGUCUGAGUUACGGAGUGAUCAGAGUGGACACAGAGGAGAAACUCUCAGUGCUCACACUGCAGGACGUAGGACAGGUCAUGCCUGGAGCGUUGGUGUGUGUGGUGCGUCCGGAGGGCACCCCGUACCUGUGUCGGACUGAUGAGGUGGGAGAAAUCUGUGUGAGCUCCUGCACCACGGGCGUCUCCUACUACGGCCUGCCGGGAAUGACCAAAAACGUGUUUGAGACAAUCCCAGUGACGGCGUCUGGCUCUCCAGUCAGCGACCGACCCUUCACUCGCUCAUCUCUGCUGGGCUUCAUCGGGCCGGACAACCUGCUGUUUGUGGUGGGGAAGAUGGACGGACUGAUGGUGGUCAGUGGACGGAGACACAACGCUGAUGAUGUGGUUGCCACGGCGCUGGCAGUGGAGCCAAUGAAGUUUGUGUACAGAGGAAGGAUUGCAGUGUUCUCCGUGUGCGUGCUCCAUGAUGAGCGGAUUGUGGUGGUGGCGGAGCAGCGGCCUGACGCUUCGGAGGAGGACAGCUUCCAGUGGAUGAGCCGAGUAUUGCAGGCUAUAGACAGCAUCCAUCAGGUGGGAGUUUACUGCCUGGCUUUAGUUCCUGCUAACACUCUCCCCAAAGCUCCUCUGGGGGGGAUCCACAUCUCUGAAACCAAACAGCGCUUCCUGGAGGGGGCGCUGCACCCCUGCAACGUGCUCAUGUGCCCUCACACCUGCGUCACCAACCUGCCCAAACCUCGCCAGAAACAGCCAGAGGUGGGGCCUGCCUCCAUGAUCGUGGGGAACCUGGUGGCGGGGAAGCGAAUUGCUCAGGCGUGUGGGAGAGACGUCGCUCAGCUGGAGGAUAAUGAUCAGGCACGUAAGUUUCUGUACAUGCAGGACGUUCUUCAGUGGAGAGCGCAGGCCACGCCUGAUCACCCUCUCUUCCUGCUGCUCAACGCUAAGGGUACUGUGGCCAGCACUGCGUCCUGUGUGCAGCUCCAUAAGCGUGCAGAGCGGGUGGCUGUGGCUCUAAUGGAGAGAGGCAGACUCAACACAGGAGAUCACGUAGCACUCGUCUACCCACCAGGUAUUGAUCUGAUUGCUACGUUCUACGGCUGUCUGUAUGCGGGCUGUGUUCCAGUCACGGUCAGACCCCCCCACCCUCAGAACCUGGCCACAACGCUGCCCACUGUCAAAAUGAUUGUUGAGGUCAGUAAGUCGGUCUGUAUUCUGACCACACAAGCAAUAAUGAAGCUCCUGAGAUCCAAAGAGGCAGCAGCAGCCGUGGAUGUGAAAACAUGGCCGAUGGUACUAGACACAGAUGAUCUGCCCAGGAAGAAGCUUCCACAGAUCUACAAACCACCCACUCCAGAGAUGCUCGCCUACCUGGACUUCAGUGUGUCCACCACGGGCAUCCUCGCUGGGGUGAAGAUGUCCCAUGCUGCAACCAGUGCCUUGUGUCGCUCCAUAAAGCUGCAGUGUGAGCUUUACCCCUCGAGACAGAUCGCCAUCUGCCUGGACCCUUACUGUGGCCUGGGCUUCGCUCUCUGGUGCCUCUGCAGUGUGUACUCAGGGCAUCAGUCCAUCCUGGUUCCUCCUCUGGAGUUGGAGAGUAACGUGUCUCUGUGGCUGUCGGCGGUGAGUCAGUUUAAGGUGCGAGUGACCUUCUGCUCAUACUCGGUGAUGGAGAUGUGCACCAAAGGCCUGGGCUCUCAGACUGAAGGUCUACGGCUGCGGAACGUGAACCUGUCGUGUGUGCGCACCUGUAUGGUGGUGGCGGAGGAGCGGCCGCGGAUCGCUCUCACUCAGUCCUUCUCCAAAAUCUUCAAAGACCUCGGCCUGUCGCCCCGGGCCGUCAGCACCACCUUCGGCUGCAGGGUCAACGUGGCCAUCUGCCUUCAGCCCAACAGACUGGGCAACCUGGCUGAUCAGGGAACGGCUGGUCCUGACCCCACCACCGUCUACGUGGACAUGAGAGCCCUGCGCCACGACAGAGUGCGGCUGGUUGAACGAGGCUCUCCACACAGUCUGCCUCUGAUGGAGUCGGGGAAGAUCCUGCCAGGAGUGAAAGUAAUCAUAGCUAACCCAGAAACCAAAGGGCCGCUGGGAGACUCUCAUCUGGGAGAGAUCUGGGUGAGCAGUCCCCAUAACGCCACAGGAUACUACACAGUGUACGGCGAGGAGGCGCUCCACGCCGACCACUUCUGCACCAAACUGAGUUUCGGAGACACACAGACGGUGUGGGCGCGGACGGGCUACUUGGGCUUCCUGCGCAGGACCGAGCUGACCGACGCCAGCGGAGAGCGUCAUGAUGCUCUGUACGUGGUGGGUUCUCUGGAUGAGACGCUGGAGCUCAGAGGGAUGCGGUAUCACCCCAUAGACAUCGAAACGUCCGUCAUCAGGGCUCACAAGAGCAUAGCAGAGUGUGCCGUGUUCACAUGGACUAAUUUGCUGGUGGUGGUGGUGGAGCUGGAGGGUUCGGAGCAGGAGGCUCUGGAUCUCGUCGCCUUGGUAACCAACGUGGUUCUGGAGGAGCACUUCCUGAUCGUCGGGGUGGUGGUGGUGGUCGACCCCGGGGUCAUUCCCAUCAACUCCCGCGGAGAGAAGCAGCGCAUGCACCUGCGGGACGGCUUCCUGGCAGACCAACUGGACCCCAUUUACGUGGCCUACAACAUGUGAUGAAGAGCAGCAAGCAGGACAGAAAAAUGCAGAAAACGAGAUCUUGACAAGUGAAAGCACCUUAAACACAGGCUACACGUGUAAUAUAUCUGAUUGUGAGACUGUUAUGAGAAUAUUAUGAUUUUAUUCGACCAAUUUUUAGGUGUUUUUAUCUUAUUUCAAGGCAUUUUAUUCAGUAAAAUGAUCUCACUGCACUGAGAGAAAUGUUUGCUUAUUCCAAUAAGCGAAUGCUCGAAGGGAGUGAGAUUUUACACAAAGGAGAACCAUUUUAGUUCUAUUUUAGUGAUAGAACCUUUUAGUUGAAGAACCUUUUAAAGUUAUAAAGAAUCUACACAUCGAGCAAAGGUCUUCUACCAAGUUAAGGGUUGUUCCAAGAACCUUUAGGGUGUGUAGAGGUUCUUUUAGACUUUUAAAUGGUUGUUCACGUUCACACAUCUCUUUUACAAAAAUGUUUUUUUAAAGAACCCUUCAGGAUCUUUAUGGAAUCAAAGAUGGUUCUUCUAUGGCAUGGGGUUUCACAGCCAACACAAACGACCACGAAAGCUUUCGCAACCCGCAAAAAUAUUUAACUGAUCUGGUGAUUUUUUUUAUUUCUAAUUUCUCGUCUAAUGAGAGCUGAUCUUGUUCAGCAGCUACUGAGUGUUGGAUGAAAGGCUGAAGAGAGGAAAGUUGCAAACAGAGUUCUGGCUCAGUUCAGGUUUAGAUGUUAUUUUAUAGACUCACUGCUGUAUUUUCUUCAUUUCGGUUGAUGAUCGGUUUUCUCAGUCUGAGAUACAGUGGCCGCUUCACUUAUACACUCUUAAAAAAGAUGGU